AUGGAAGAAUUGAUAGAUAAUUGCCAAGUUGCCUUUGUACCUGGGAGACUGAUUACAGACAACAUAAUUAUGAUCCAUGAACUGGUCAAAGGCUAUGGAGUACCUAAAGGAGACAUUCAAUCAGUACAGAUACCGCACCAGCACUUCCAAAUGUUCUUAUCAGCCUCAGGCCUAAUUGUUAAUCCAAAUAAAAGCUGCAUUUAUUUAGAGGUGUGGAUAACCUGCUUCAGCCUGCUUCAUCAGCAAAUUAUGGACAUAUUAGGCUAUGCAAAUGGUGAACUACCUUUCAGAUAUCUGGGUGUCCCAUUGAGCACUAAGAGGAAGAGCAGUACUAUCAAGAGUGUGCUAUUUGCUAUACAAACUUUUUGGGCUCAUAUCUUCAUUUUGCCCAAGAAAAUUAUCGACUUCAUAGAAGCAAUCUGUAGAAGGUUCUUAUGGACAGGAAAUGUUGAACCAACAAAGAAGGCUUUGAUAGCCUGGGACAAAUUGUGUGCACCAAAGGUAGCUGGGGGAUUAAAUUUUAUCAAUGUGGAGCUGUGGAACAAAGCAGCCAUAUGCAAGCUACUAUGGAGUAUUUGCACAAGAAAGGAGAAACUGUGGAUACAAUGGGUGCAUACUUAUUACAUAAAGGGGAACACAAUCUGGAAUACAGAACCAAAGAAUACAUCAUGGGCCAUACAAAAGAUAUUCAAAGCAAGGAGCUACUUUGCGAAUGCAGGGUUCUCAGAAGAAGAUGUUCAGAAGAUGGAAAAUGCUCUGUCAAACAAAUAUACAAAGCCAUGCAAGGAGAAUUUCCAAAGAUGA